UUUUAUUAUAAAAGCUUAGAUCAGGAUUUUGAGGUAGUCAAAGACUCAAAGCUCUACAAAGAUGAAAUUGCUCCUUUUAGUUCUGUUUGCGGCUGUGUCGUACGCUAGUGCAUGUCCCGAGGAAUGCGAAAGAAAGUUGAAGGACCUAAAAAGUCAAAUUGAGGAAUUAAAGACUAAAACUAGAGAGCUUAGGCGAGAGUUCGAUAAUAUCCGGGUAACUGAGGAUGAGGAAGAAGUUGACGCCAAGGGAAACAAACGUGUGAAGAGACAUAACUACCUGGUAGGAGCACCAGGACCUAGUGGACGACAAGGUGCCAAGGGAAGAGCUGGUGCGCCAGGAGUUGCUGGACCUCGUGGUCCACAAGGAUAUCCAGGCCACAAGGGACUGACUGGACAACCAGGUAUGCAAGGUCCACGAGGACCAGGUGGAGAACAGGGACCACAGGGUCCUCUUGGUGAACUUGGGCAUGCUGGAGCACCUGGUAUUCCAGGAGCAAUGGGACCACUUGGCCUCACAGGAGAUCAAGGUGGACAGGGAUAUACCGGCUAUCCAGGAGCACAGGGUCCAGUAGGAAAUACAGGCGACAAAGGUGCUGCUGGAGCCAUCGGUGCACCUGGUGCACAGGGGCCACAAGGGCUAAUAGGACACGCCGGUUAUCCUGGAUAUCCUGGAGUUCAAGGAGAAGUAGGCGCACCUGGUGUAAGAGGCGCACCUGGUCCACAAGGAGCACAAGGUCAACAUGGUAUAACGGGAGCUCCAGGGCCAAUGGGACCGUCUGGCUAUCCCGGACCGAAAGGCGAUAUUGGAGGUACAGGUGCACCAGGCCCACGAGGACCAAGUGUAGCAUAUGCCGCUUAUGCAGCCCCAUAUUAUUCAGCACCUGUGGUUGCUUCCUAUAAAUCCGCUCCAGCUCCACACAUCAAAAGAACUCCACACACCAAAGGAUAAAUCAGAACUGUAAAUUCACAAAAAGAUCUCUUAGAUUCUUAUAAUUUCUUUUAACUCAAACUUAUUUGGCUGUUAAUUAAAAAAAAUUACUUUUCAAUAAUCUA